AUGUCUGAUCAAAAUCCCAUUGCUCGUUCUUCACUGCAACAGCAGCAGCAACAUCCAGCAGACAUCAUUAUUGAUUACGAACAAGACAGCUACCGAAAGCAAAGCCAGGAGUUCUUUCACAACUUGCCUCAUUACAUUCAGGAAUACAUUGUCAGUCUAUUCCCUAUUGCUACUUGGAUUCAUCGUUAUAAUCUUCAGUGGCUCAUCCGUGAUCUCAUUGCUGGUGCCACUGUCGGUGUUGUGAUUGUGCCUCAGAGUAUGGGAUAUGCCAAAAUCGCUCAAUUGCCUGCUCAGUACGGUUUAUAUACGGCUUUUGUGGGUCUAUGUGUCUAUUGUUUGUUUGCUACUUCAAAAGACAUUAGUAUUGGUCCUACAGCUGUCAUGUCUUUGCUUGUAGGUCAAACUAUUACUAAAAUCACUGCUGAAUACGAUACCAUCACGGGCCCACAAAUUGCUGUGGCUCUUUCGCUUCUUACGGGUGCUAUUGCCAUGUUUAUUGGCCUUGUGCGUCUCGGUAUUCUGGUAGACUUCAUUCCAGGCCCUGCCAUUGCUGGUUUCAUGACAGGUUCCGCCAUCACCAUCUCUAUCGGUCAAUGGCCCAAGUUGUUUGGUAUCAAGGGCAUCAACACUCAAGAUUCAUCCUAUCUCAUCUUUGGUAACUUUUUCAAAAACUUGCCCAACACCAAGCUGGAUGUCGCUUUUGGUCUCAGUGGCCUCGUUUGGCUGUAUGGCGUCCGUUACGGUUGUACUUGGUUGGGCAAACGCUAUCCCAAAUACGCUACCCAUUUCUUCUUCCUCAGUAUCAUGCGUAACGGUGUACUUGUCAUCUUUGGUACUCUGAUUGCCUUCUUGAUCAACAUUGGCAAGUCCACAAGCCCCAUCAGUAUCCUCAAGACGGUGCCUGCUGGUUUCCAAGCCAUGGGUGUCCCUCAUGUGUCCACUGAUCUUAUUUCUGCUGUCGCUAGUUCUCUGCCCUCCGGUGUCAUCAUUUUGGUAUUGGAGCAUGUAGCCAUUGCGAAAUCUUUUGGCCGUAUCAAUGAUUACUCGAUUGAUCCCAACCAAGAAAUCAUUGCCAUUGGUUUCACCAACAUUUGGGCAGCUUUCUUUGGCGCUUAUCCAUCCACCGGUUCAUUCUCUCGUACUGCCAUUAAAGCUAGAUCAGGUGUCAAAACUCCUAUUGCUGGUAUCUUUUCUGCCUUGGUUGUCAUCCUCGCUUUGUAUGCCCUCACUCCUGCUUUCUACUUUAUUCCUGAUGCUACGCUUGCUGCUGUUGUUAUCCACGCAGUCUCUGAUCUGGUCUCCGGCCCUGAAUAUGUCAAGCGUCUUGCAAAAGUGUCUCUCUGGGAGCUCUUUGUGUUUGUCGCUGGUGUCAUCAUCACAUUCUUUACUACCGUUGAAUAUGGUAUCUAUGCUUCUGUGGGUCUCUCCAUUGUCAUUCUUUUGUUUCGUAUUGCCCGUCCUCGUUUCUGGAGCCUCGGCCGCAUUCCCUUGUCUUCUGCUACAUCUGCUCCUCUCGUUUCUGAUACCAAAGAAUCUGCUGCUGCCGAGCAACAAUACUUGUAUGUCCCUCAAAACCACCCUUCUUUGGGCAAAUUAGUCGAAGACUUACCUGCUGGUAUCUUGAUGUGCCGUAUUGACGAGUCCUUUACCUAUCCCAACUCUGGUUUCAUCUCUGACAGAAUCAUUGCCUACUGUAAGGAACACACGCGUCGCCACCAACACUUUGUCUCCAAGGGUGAUCGUGCCUGGAACGAUGAUGCCAACCCCGCUCGUGAUGCUGAGCGUGCUUCUUUACCUCGCUUGCAUGCCUUGAUCAUCGACUUUGCUUCUGUCAAUCGUUUGGAUUCCAGCGGUUUGCAAGCCAUUGUGGACGCCCAAAGUGCUCUUAAUCGCUAUGCUGGCCAACAUGUAGAGUUCCACUUUUCCAACAUCCUCCAUCCUGCUAUCCGUCGUUCUUUGAUUGUGUCUGGCUUUGCUAAUCAACCUCGCUCUGGUUUCCAAGAUGAGCAAGAUCAAGCUCAAGCCAAGGAGAUCUUGCCUAUUGUGCCUGUUUCCAAAGACGGACCAUUGCAGCGUCAGCAAACCAAUACCACCACCCACAACCACAAUGGAGACAUUGAGGAAGUCGUUGAAACCCAUGAUGCCUAUGACAAAAAGACUGAUUUCAGCUCAUCUGACGUGGAAAGCGUGAAUACUGCCCACUCUAUCCCUUUGCCUCGCGAUCGCUACCCCUUCUUCCACUGGAGUGCUGACGAGGCCGUAAGAACCGCAUCAAAGACACUGGUCUACCGUCCCACUGGCGACUCUGAUACACAGCUUCCAGCCUCUGUUGAUGUAGAGGCGCAUCACUAA